GAACAUCUACCUUUAUAGAAGCCUUGGCAACCAAUGGUACCAACAUUCAGACAUCAGUAACAGGAGUAGCAGCCAAUAAACGAAGAUUUAUUGAUGAAAGGAGAGAUCAGCCUUUUGAUAAAAGACUACGAUUCAGUGUGCGGCAAACUGAAAGUGCUUACCGCUACAGAGACAUUGUUGUCAGAAAACAAGAUGGAUUCACGCAUAUUUUAUUAUCCACCAAAUCAUCAGAGAACAAUUCAUUAAAUCCAGAGGUGAUGAAAGAAGUCCAGAGUGCACUGAAUACAGCAGCCGUUGAUGACAGUAAACUUGUACUUCUUAGUGCAGUUGGCAGUGUUUUCUGUUGUGGCCUUGAUUUCAUUUAUUUUAUUCGACGUUUGACAGAUGAUAGAAAAAGGGAAAGUACUAAGAUGGCAGAUGCAAUCAGGAAUUUUGUAAAUACUUUUAUUCAGUUUAAAAAGCCCAUAAUUGUUGCAGUAAAUGGCCCAGCUAUUGGACUUGGAGCAUCUAUAUUACCACUAUGUGAUGUGGUAUGGGCUAAUGAGAAGGCUUGGUUUCAGACUCCAUAUACAACAUUUGGGCAAAGUCCUGAUGGAUGUUCAUCUCUCACAUUCCCAAGAAUAAUGGGUCUGGCAUCUGCAAAUGAAAUGUUAUUUAGUGGAAGGAAGCUAACAGCACAAGAAGCAUGUUCAAAAGGACUGGUGUCUCAAGUAUUUUGGCCAGGAACAUUCACACAGGAAGUUAUGGUUCGAAUUAAGGAACUUGUCACAUGUAAUUCAGUUGUACUUGAAGAAUCCAAAGGUUUAGUUCGUAGUAUUAUGAAGAUGGACUUGGAACAAGCCAAUGAUAAGGAGUGUGAAGUUUUAAAGAAAAUUUGGGGUUCUGCUCAAGGGAUGGACUCAAUGUUAAAAUACUUACAGAAGAAGAUUGAUGAAUUUUGAAGAGAUGUGCAUUGACACUGGAUUGUAUUUACUUGGGCAUCUGGAUUUCAUCAAUACCCUAACUGAAAGUAAAAUAAAACAUACCUAAGGCUCAGAAAAUGUGGGCUAAAAGGUAGAGGAACAUGGUUUUAUGGUCAAGGGUUUUUAAAAGAAGUACUGUAUGUUAAGCAUUGAACAAUUUUUUUUCUUUUUUCCACACACACACACACACACAUAUAAAUAUAUAUAAAUAUAUAUAUAUAUAUAUAUUAUAUUUCUUUAUAUACACAAACUAAAAUAUAUAAUGGAGUGCACUACCAAACUUUUGUCUUCUACUUUGUUAUCAUUGGCUAGUACUGUAUCAGAAGAAAAUGGUGAAUAAAAUGAGAUGUUGCAUUAUUUUGUAUGUGGCAGGAAAGUCCUGAAGCAAUGACUAUUUUUUCACUAGAGUCCAGAGUUAAAACGGGUAUUGGCCGGCCCUUACUUUCACUGCCCAAAAAGUCAGUUAAGAAGAGGCAUUGCCUUGAAUUUUGAGAAAGGUUUAAAAAUACCUCAAAUAAUGAUGUGUUCUAAAAAAAAAAAAUAUUUUUUAAGAAAAAAAAAUACCCUAUAUAGAAAAUGCCCCUCCUCCCCCAGAUACCCAAGUGUGCUCAGGAUUUAUUCUAUACAAACACUCAGCCCUUCAUGUUUUGGGGAACAUGCCCCAUUCUGACCCAGAUAGCAUGAAGAUGCCAGUUUCUUGUAAAAAAAAAAAAAGUUUUGUUUUGCAGUAUUAGUGAAUCACUGAAAUACCAUAUAUAUUAUGGAUUAAAUAAUAGUUUAGUCUUAGUGGUUUUAUAAAAAGUUAGGGUUUUUUAAUUAUUUUACUACAUAAUUGCUUCGAUUGCUGGGUGAAAAAAACUAUAUACAUUGUUUUGUUCUGUUUGCUUGUUUAAAGAAAUACACCAAAAAUAUAUAUAUUAUGUUCAUCUUUAGCCUCCUGUAGAAUAUAUUUUAUUUAAUAAGUUAAAAUUUGUGUGGCACACUAUUAAUUAUUCCUUUUUCAUGCUAUCUUAUCUUAGCUGUCUGUUGUCUUUUGUCAAUGCUUUUAAUCUUAAUUUUACACUAUGACCCUGAUCCAGAGAACUCUCCGUGCAGCAACAGGCUCUAGGCAUUUUGCAAGGCAUUGGAUGAGGUUCCCCUCCAGAGAACAGGAAUAGUGCUUUUAAUUGAAGUGGGUACGUAGAGGUAUUGCUUUUCUAUUUGGCAGGCUAUAUUGAUGCAGGAUUACUAUCCGUGGCCUCCCAACCCUACAUCAAGUGUUGGAGGCAGCCCCUCCAUUUUCCAUCAAACACACACAGUGCCCUUUUCUGCAUAUGGGACUGCAUCCAGAAGGGCAAUGUGCUGGUGAAAUUCUGUUUUCAUGCCUUUUCUGGAUCAGGGUGCAUAAUAGACAGUCUGGUAUACAAGGGUGCCCUGUGUAAAUAGACCUAUUUUGCAUUCCUGUUGGGAGUGUAUGAUGAUUCCUACUCCAGAUAUCUACUAGGAUUUAGAUAUCUAUACUUGCAAUCUUACUGAAUGUAUGAAGAAUGGGGGAAAUUUAAACCUUAUUUUUGUACAGUUUGAAACUUUAUACUUGGAGCCUGACCACCUCAUCCUAGCAGAAAGAUGUACAGUGUGUAAAUCUGCUUUUCCUUGGGUUGGUACAGUAUUUUUGCAUCUGUGGGACCUAAUUUUUGUUGUUCUAGUAGUUUGAACUAUAUAUAAACUGUACAAUCUGUAAAGUUUUUAUAGAAUAAAUAUUCAGCUGUGAACCUGUUAAAAUAAAA